GCUUUGAUGCAAAUAUCACGGCUGUGUGACUCUACUUGCCUGAGUUGGAUGCAGUUCGACGCUCCAAAGUGGAUUUUAAAAGUCGCAGGAACGUCAGUGCAAACACGCAUCCUAACUUAAGAAGACGAAAAAAAAAAAAAAAAACGAGCCAGACUGACUGUUUCCAUCGGAAUUUAUAUUUUUAUGCAUAUAAUCUUUUAUUGGAGGAAUUUAUUUUUAAUCCAUUGCACAUUCUCUGUCUUCUGCAUCCUCCUCUACACAGCCUACCAGGACUUUCCUCGAAAUUGUGACAGAUGUGAAAGAUAUAAUAUCAUAUGUCUCUCUAAAUAAUGACAGAGAAAAGUUCCAUGGGGGUAUCCUGUAGGAGGAGUUCUUUGUGACCAAACAAGUUACGGAUUUUCCCAUAUAAAAAAGGAAAUUGAGUCCCGACCGCUCAAUGAAAAGCAUUAUCCGUGGACUCCGAUGCACAGGUCCUGGCACAAGCAUAUGUGUUGUCACACAUACUGUAGUCAAGAACCUGCAUCCAUAUUUUAGUGCCUCCUCAAAGCAUCUUUAAUAAGACACAUGCGUGUGAGCUCAGGCACUCGCUGACAACAAAACCUCCUUGGAGAGCGGGUUUCCUGCUUCCCUGCCAGCCCACCCCAAGCUUCAUGGGUUGAACCACCAGAAGUUCGACAAUCUCCUCUCCAUUUUCUCCUCCUCUUCAUCCUCUGCACAGCCCCAACACCCUCCUUCACCAUCCUCCAAUCCCGCUCUGUCUACUCCCUUUGCCAGUACUACCACCAGCAUGAUGGCUUGUUGUGCCUCGGGCUUGUUUGGACUUACAACCGCAGAAUCACCCUCCACUACACAGACUUACGAACGUAGCAGCCACUAGAGUGAAAGAUACAGAAAGACAGAGGGGGGGGGGGGGAGAAGGGAGAGACAGGCAGAGAAAGAGAGCAGUGCCAGAGCAGAGAGGAGGGAUCAUCAGUCCCAGAAGCAGAGGGAUCCACCUGUCCCACAGAGGAAGGGGGCCCCCCCACCUGAUCCAUCUGGUUGCAGGGGGGGACCCUGCGUGGCCGGGAAGGCAACAGGGACUAUGCAGCUGGGACUGGUGGCGCUGGCAAUGGUCUUUCUCAGCUCCAUGGGUCACAGCGAUGCUCUGAAGCUCUCUAAGGCGAGAAGGCAGAGACGGGUUAGUACUGAGGGGCCACCAUCUUGCCCCAAAGGCUGUGAGAGAUGCUCUGAGUAUAAUGGCUGCAUUAAAUGUAAGCCCAAGCUCUUCAUCUUCCUGGAGCGCAAUGACAUCCGUCAGAUAGGCGUGUGCCUCGCCUCCUGCCCCAUGGGAUACUUUGGCAUGAGGAACCCAGAAGGCAACAACAGAUGCACCCAAUGUAAAAUAGACAAUUGUGAAGCGUGUUUCAAUCGCAAUUUUUGCACAAAAUGUAAGGAGGGCUUGUAUUCACACAGUGGGCGAUGUUAUGUCAGCUGCCCUCCUGGCCACCGCACCAUCAAUGAGACCAUGGAGUGCGUCGGUCAGCGUGCUGCAGAGUGCGAACUGGGCGAGUGGAGCCAAUGGGGUUCCUGUAUGAAGAAGAAUAAAACAUGUGGAUUUAAGAAAGGCUCACAGUCUAGGGUUCGUGUACCCCUUCCACCGGUCCACAGCCCGGACACCUCCCCGGCCUUUGUACCCUCACAGACCUGCACUCCACAGACAGAGAGAAAAAAGUGCGUCGUGCCCAAGACACCCUGUGCGAAAGAGAGGAAGAAUAAGGGAGACCGACAAGAUGAUACAAACAGGAGAGAGAGGGAGAAUGUGCGUGGACGAGGACGAGAGGGCAAAGACGGUGGUAAAGGAGGAGGGGGAGCAGGAGGAGGAGGAGGGGGAGCAGGAGGAGGAGGAGGAGCAGGAGGAGGAGGAGGAGGAGGGGGGAAGAAGAGAAAAGGCCAGAGCAGGACCACCACUGCUGCCAGCAUUACAACCAGCUCUGUCACCUAAACUCGAAUGCCUGCUGGAUGAGGCUAAGAGAAAAACAGAGACACUGCCUCACCCAGCAGCACCAGCCAUACAUAAAGAACUUGACAAAAAUCAAAGUGAUGAAGGAAUGGAUUAAUGCUGCUAUGCAUUGUAGACAAUGCGCAAAGAGAACUGGAGGAUUGCUGCAACACAAAAGGCUUCCCAAAGCUUUUUGAAUAGAUGACCAUAUCUGGAAGAGACUGGUGUCUUAGUGGUACUCAGAACGACUUGUUGACUUUCAUUCCACUAUGAGGGAUCACUGUUGGACAGCAAAGCCACGUCGAAGACUGUGGUUCAGCUUGGUUCGUGUCAUGAACCGACCUAUGUCACUCUUGAACUAAGAACAGAUCCUGUGUUUCAAAUGCAGCAUUCAAGCUGGAAGCCUGAUAAUGAAUGAAGGGUCUCUUCUCUGGUCUAUGAUGUAUUUUGUUCCAGCCUGAUUUUAAUCACAAUCUGUUCUUCAUUUGGUUUCGUGUUUGUGAGAGGUGGCACAUGGAUUUUCUCAACAGCCGCUGUACGUGAUGUAAAGACAAUGAAUAGUAUUAAGUCUUUGUACCUUUAUUUCCUAUUGUUAGAUGAAACAAAAAGAAAGGCACUGGAACUCAUUUGUGGUUGCUGAGGACAGAAGGUCUUCUAUAUAUUUUGAGGAGGGAAUCUGUUACAAAACAAGCCUAAGAGAAGAUGUAGAGGGGGAUUACUGGGAGCUCAGCUCAUAUCCUUCUCCAGUGUCCUGACACAAACAUUUGCUAUUUGAUAGCUUAGUUGUUUGUUUCAAAUCAAAUGUUGGUGUUUGUAUCAGAAAUAACUCUGCACAGAAAAUGAGGAAUAAUAACACAUGAUUAUUUGCAUGGGUACAAGGUUGCAUGUGCGUGCCUUUGUGCAUGCAAGCGUAUGCGUGUGUGUGUUUGUCUCUACUUAAAGUCUGCUUGUUUGUGUACUUUGUAUGCAUUUCUGCACGAAACCAAGUUGUUUGUCGAUGGAGGUUAGUUGUUUGUACAUGUGUGUUUACGUUUGCACAUGUGUGUUAAUAUUGGUCUCAUAGAUUGAAGGAAUGGGGUCUGGAAAACAAGAGGAACAAAAUGUAAAUGCACAGUGAUAUAUCGAAUAUGCAGUAACUACAAGCCACUGAUUAUUAUAUAAGCCAUCAAAUCAUGAGCUGCUCAGUAAUCAUGUAUGUUUGCAACAGGGUCUGAAGAUUUUGCACAACCAUAAUGUUUCCUACUGCUCAAGUUUCAAAACAAUUGUUGCAUUUUACACAUUUAUACUCUGGCUUCAUGGCAUUGCAGAUUACAGAGAAAUGUUUUCCAUGGGGUCUGUUUGCUUUACACAAGAUAUUAGUUUCAGGAGAAGUUACACGCUACAUUAUUCAUUCAUACUAUGGAUUGUAAUGCUGAAUAUGUCAAAUUGUGUUUAUCAGCAAAGAAAAUAAGUAUUAAUAUCAUCAUGUAUAGCUUAUUCUGUGAAAGCCUAAAUAAAAGUUCAGAUGAAGCUGAUAAAACUUCAGUCAUACA